CCAAGGUCCCUACUCUGAUGUCCUUCGAAUCGCUGUCCUCGAUUCGCCUCUCCUGCCCUCGCUCCCGCCGCCCAAAGUCGCCGCUAUGCUGGUCCCCAUUGGCCGUGAGUCAGAUUGGAUCUUCUGCACUGCCGCCGGCCACCUCCAGCUCCUCCUCACCUCCUCCUCCCAGGACCUGUUUCUAUCUCGUUUAAUUUUCAUUGGAAAAUUUCCAAAUUUUAGUUGUCCUCCAAUGUCCUACACUCGACCUCAAUCAGAACCUGACCUCUGCUCGCUCCAACAUUUCCAAGAGGCGCUGUUUCCUCUCCUCCUCGCUCUCUGCCCCAAGGCCGCAUUCAAGAAUGGGGUCCCUGAGAUCCCUUUUCUUUCCUACGAGGACAACGUGGUCCGGAGCGUUCUGGUUGACAGAAUCGAAGGUCCUGUAUCUGGAGAGAUGCUUGUGGAGGAUGUGGAGAUUGAUGUGUCUCCGGUGCCAGAGCUUCGGAGACGAUUGCGGUUCAAAAUGAUGCCAAAUUUGGUGCAAACUCAGCCCUAUCUGGCGCCUAUGGUGGCCGGUCUCUCACUGGUAGCUCCUUUCCUAGAAGAGAAAAUCAAGUUAGGUUUGAGGCCACGGGCUCUUUGCCUUGGUGUUGGUGGAGGGACAUUGCCUAUGUUUUUGCAAUCAAAAUUAGACUUUGACAUACUGGGAGUUGAGGCUGAUCCGGUAGUUCUCAACAUUGCAAGGCAGCAUUUUGGUCUUGUUGAAGGUGAGUUCCUUCAUGUUCACAUCGGUGAUGCAAUUGGCUUUAUAAAGAAUGUUGCCCAGCAAGAAGAUACUCUAAGACGAGGCUUGGAAAGGAUGUCAGAUCUAGUGGAAGGGUCUAGGAUUGAUUUUGAUGUUAUCAUGGUGGAUUUAGAUGCUGGUGAUGCUGUGAAUGGUGCGAGCGCGCCACCUUCAGAGUUCGUCCAGAGGAGUGUUCUUUUAGCUGCAAAGAUGGUUCUUCAUGACCGUGGAAUUAUAGUCAUUAAUGUAAUUCCUCAAAGCAAGGCGUUUUACAGUGAGUUGAUUCAUGAUUUUCAUGAAGUUUUUGCUGAAUUAUAUGAGAUUGAGGUGGGAAAUGGUGAGAAUUAUGUUCUUGUUGCCACUGUCACAAAUGUUCAAUUGAGUCGGAGUGGGAGUUGUGGCUCUUGGCUUCAAAAGCUGAAGCUUGUCAUAGGCGAAAAACAUAUGAAUUCUAUCAAUAAAAUAUGAUUUGCCGCAAGCAAUAUAUUGCCCAAUGUUCCUCAUGUCUUGUCUCUUUAUCCUCAUGAGUUUGUGAAACCAACAGAGAAUUCAGCAUAGGGCAACCAGUGUGAUUGAUGCAUGCUUACUGCAUGUUCAUCAAGGGAGCUCAGCAGCUGGUACAGGUUAGAAUUCUUUUCCCCUACAAUAACCACAAACAAAUCUGAGAAGGUAUUGUGGGAAGGCCUGAGAGAUCUAAUCUGCAUGAUGUGCAUUGGAGUUACAAACAUGACAUCUAAUGACUUUGUUAGUUAGUUGUAAAAGCGGAAGAAACCCUGGGAAGUUAUUGGUGCAAUGCAAUUGCUUGGAGAUCUAGACUGCCGAAUAAAAUAUCAGAACUAGCUGA